CACACGACGCUCCUCCUACCCCUCCUACACCACCCCCUCCUUCUUCUCUAACUAUACCACUGCUACUGCUACUGCUACUACAGCUACAAGUGUAUGCAUAUGCGUCCGUGGCUUGCUCUAUCAAAAAGCGCUUUGAUAGGGACCAUAAGGAUGAUUAAUGGAGUUCCUGCACACACAAGCACACGUAUUACAGGGAGAGAACGGCCCCAAGUAAGAGCAGCAACCAGACACAACCUGCUUAGAUGUACACAAAGCAGCAAGCGCGCAAAAAAACGAAUUCACUGUUUAGUUCUUAUCGUCAUGAAAAAUGAGAAUUGUUCCUUUUACUCCUUUUUUUAAGGUUCCUUGCUAAUAGUUUUUCUCACAAGCUUCUUAUUUGGCUUUUAUAUAAAGGCAACAUUAAUUUCUUCUUUUUCUACUAUUUCUCCAUC